AAUUCUACUGCACACAAUCGACGAUGAGUAUACACUGCCUAAGAUUAUACGUGUGCAAUAUUUGUUCUUGACCUUCCUUCAUAUCAUAUAUUGACAAGAACAAGCCACAGGCAUAUCAAUUAAUAGAUUCGUUUCUAAACACUAUAGAUACAUAUAAAAAGUUGUAAAAAAGACUACACUAAAAUGUUUUCCUUAACCAAUGAACAAGAGGAUGAGGGUGCACAAGGGAUUGCUGAUAUUGACAAUGACCAAUUAAGAGAAAGCAAUGAUCACAACAACGGCAUCAAAAGCGAAGAAACUGAUGUUGAAAAAGGAACCAACGUAACUACUAGCACUGAAAUGAGUAGAUUGUCAUCUUCUAAAGUACGAUUUUCCUUAACCAAUGAACAGGAGGAUGAGGGAGCAAAGGGGAUUGCUGAUAUUGACAAUGACAAAUUAAGGGAUAGCAACGACCUCAUCAUCAGCACCAAAAGUGAGAAUACUGAUGUUGAAAAAGAAACCAACUUAAAUAGCAGCGAUGGGCAAGAAACUGAAAUAAUAGAUCAGACGUUUCAUCUACCUGCAGGAUUUUUGCAAAGAUCUCCAUCAGCUAUUACGAUUCGAAAUAUGACCAAGCAUAAAAGAUAUAACACCUAUCCUAAUUUGCAAAAAGAAUUUGACAAGGAAAAACAAAUGAGGGAAUACAGUACACAGGCUAGUGCUCCCGUUAGAGCAGACCCGUAUUUAAACAAUAGUGCUGACACCAACAUUUUGGAACACGAUAGUUUAUCAUUACCACUUUUAAACAGAAAUGACGAAACAGAUGCUUACCUGAAGCCGUUGUCUCUUGAACAGCAUGUUGUAGAUGUCUCAGAGGAAGAAUUUUUUGAUGCGGUUGAAUCGUUAGAUAGUGUUGGUCAUAAUGAGGAAAACGAUGAAAACAAAUCAAUUUCAGAAGGUCAUGUCACAAAUAAAAGUCUUUGUAUGGAAUGUGUAAAGCCGUUACAAGUCAAUUCUAAGGAAGAUGUACAAGCAGGAGAUCACCUAGCAUAUCCUGGAAGAAUAUAUGAUCACCACGCAAUUGUUGUAGAUGUGUACCCGUAUACAGCGACAGAUGAUGAAAUUGAAAUAGAAAUUGUACAUGCAACAAACACUGCUACUAAAGCAACUUUCGCUAGUUUUCAGCCUUUCGGUAACAAAGCGAGACUGAAGAAAGUCAAAGUAAGGGUUAAUUUUAAAGACAAGAAAGUGGUAGUUUACAAAUAUAGCAGUAAGAUUGAAAUAUUUCCUCCUCACAUAAUUGCGGAAAGAGCCAAAUCAGAGGCAAACGCAGAUUCAAAGGGAGGAAAAGGACAAUUUAAAUAUAACUUGUUUAAAAAUAAUUGCGAGCAUUUUGCAACAUGGUGUGUUACGGGUGGAAAACGAAGUCUACAGGAGCGUAAAUUUAGUAUGGUAUUCUGGAUGUUCCUUAGUUCUGGAUUUCAAGGAAUAAGUGACGAAAAUGAAAGGAACGAAAAAGAAUUUGAAAAAGAAAUGCUUUGUCUCUCGUGUUAUGAAACAAACAAGAGAGUUUUAGACGUUGAAAAAAGACAAAUCUUACAAAAGACUGAUGUGAAAAUUGGCGAUAUCAUUACGUACAGCUAUUAUAAUUUAUGGCAUAACGCUGUAGUUCUUGAUGUAAAUGGAAUGAAAGAUAAUUACACAACAUGUGAUAUAGCACAUUAUGCUUAUUGUGGUCCAUUUAAGCAUCACACAAUCGUUAAAGAAAAACUGCUUAUUCCUUUUGAUGGAUCAAUCAAAGUUAUUAUUUAUCCAAGUAACUUCAAUACAUAUACCGCACAUGAAGUAGUGGAAAGAGCUAAAACAAGACUUAAUGAACAAGAAUUUGCUUACUUUUCAAAUGACUCAAGCCAGUUUGCUCGCUGGUGUAAAUUGAAGCUUUAUAAAUAAUGCUAAUUUUUUACUAUUUACUAAUAAUUUGCCUUGGUCUGAUACACUGAUGUCGAUUAAAACGGUAGUCAUGUUGGCAGAUUCAUAUUUAAGAAAACAGACGACACUUGUAACCAUAUCUCCUGUAGAUUGUUUAUAGUUGAGUUUUUGACGUUUUAAUGUCAACUGUCUUUGUUCUCAUUUUCAGUGAAUACAUUUAAUGAAAGACAUGAAUGCAUGACUUAAUAUUUUUUAUAAAAAGUUGUAUACGAGGGCAAUUUUAUAAGUUUACAAAUUCUUCACUGAAACUUCUAGCCAAGAUUUAUUUAUAACAAAAUCGUAUUGAAAUCUGACAUGUCUCUUUGGAGGGUUUGAAAAUUCAUCAAAUAUACCAGGUUUUAAUGUAUUUUCAACGGCAGACGUGCGUUUUUUCUACAAAGGAAUCAUUAUUGGCGCUUGAAUCAAAAUAUUGAGAGACAAAAAAUCAAAUGCAUAACAUCCAUCAACAGUUGCAACGAUCUCAACGGUUGUAAAACUUACCAAACUCUUGUAUAAGUCUGAGGCAUACAUAAGUCUGGAACAUGACAAAAUUGUUGAAAGCCAUCAGGGUCAUAAUUCCAAUUUGACAAGUUUGUUAUAUCUAGAGCAACGCGUUCGUGUUGGUUCGAAUACACUAGUGCAACAAGCCAAAACGAACAGUUGGUUCAAGUACCAAAGAGUAACGCAUUAAUAUAAGUUCAUCUAUCAUUCAUUCAAUCAGAGUAAACUAUAUCUCCUAUAUCUGUAAUUAGGUCAGGAUUGAAGUAUAUAUGGUAUGCUGGUUCGUGACACUGACCAACUUUUCCUGUUGAUUUAUUCAUAUAGGUUCGAGGUAUAAAUGCGGAUAUGAAAGAAAUAUUUUGCCUUGUCAAUCUUGUUAUGUUGUUCAGUGAUUCAGUUUUUCUUUAUCUUCUUCAGUAUUACUAUUAUGUGUAUUUUACUGCAUCGCAUAUAAAAUACAUAAAUAUGCAAAUAUAAGUGAACGAAGGAUGAUUUCAAAUAAGACAACUAUCCAUUGAACUUACCCAUACAAGUAUUCCUGAACUAUCUCAAAAAGUUCGGUGGUGAAAAGUGCUUCUAGUCGUACCAUUUACCGUAAGUGUGCAACUGUAAACAGUAUUUGUUUUAGCCUCACGCAUGAGCGGGUAUAAAUAUUUAUUUAUUUAGUAUUUAUUUCAGCAGAAAUCAAAAAUAAACGAAUAAACUACUUCAUUGAUAAUAAACUGCUGACAAUUCUGCUUCUAGUCGUACCAUACUCGUUAAAAAUAAAACCAGAAUCGACCCCACAAUAUUAUUUGAACAAAAAUAAUUCACAGUUAGUGUAUUGUAAUCUUGAAGGUAAAUAAUUACCGCCGGUAUUGCAUGUAAAUAUGUGUGUUGGACUAGAAAGGCGUUUGCAUGUUCCGU